ACAGCAGCCGCACGACAGGACCAAAAGAAGCGACGACCCACACAGGCCAAGAAGAAGGAAAAAGGGCAGGCGAGAGUGAGAGGGAUCUAUAGUACCGUAGUGGCAGCAUAGCACGCGGAACCGUCCAUAUACACACCACCACCACCAGCAGCAGCAGCCAGCGGUGUAGUAUAAGACUGGGUAUAUAUUUAAAUAGGCGCGGGAGUCUAGCCAGCCACGGCAUUUGUGUUUGUUGCUCGGUUGCCGCCGCGUGUUAUCCCCCCCAUCUCGUCAGUCGGUUGGCCAGCGCGCAUCCCAUUACCUAACCCGUUUUUCCACGUGCGCGUUCCCACCGUCUAGUGAUCUAGAUUUUGAUCCAGCAACGCUCAAUUUCUGCCCGCCAUGUCGCUCAGUGCCGUUGAUGGUAAUUGCUCGUCGUCAACGUGAACUCCGACCCGUCACGUCCGCAAAAAUUUUCUCUUUUUUCUUUUCUUCUUCCCCCACUUCAUUCCAUUUGGCUGGCUGGCCGGCCCCGACCUGGCCCGGCAGCUCUCACUCCGUGCGUGAAUUUAUUCCCGAAAGACGACGAUCCACCACGCCAACAACAAAUUUGUACAGAAAAAAUAAAAAUAAAAAAUCAGCGACCAGAGGACGUGUUCCUUGUUGUUGUUGAGCUCACAAGCGUCAUCUUCGUAUUACACACACACAUACAGCCAGCGGGAGAAUUAUGAAGAAUCAUCACGUCACCGGCAGCCUCUUUGUCACGCUACUUGCCAUGGUGUGGGAUGGCGUUGGAGCUGGACAACUCACGCCGUUCGACUGGAUGGAAACGGGCGGAGACAGCGGAAUCAGCAGCGUCGGCGACAGUUUCUACGAAGGCCGUCUGCCCGUUCACUCCAACGACGCCUCCUUCACCACGUUCACCAUGGACGCAGAAACGGGCGCCUACACUUUCGGUUACGACACCGGAGGUGGCGAGCAUCAGUCAUACCGCGUGGAAACGCGCUCACCUGACGGAACUGUUACGGGUCGCUACGGCUACGUGGAUCCGCAGGGAGUCUUGCGCAUCGUCGAUUACGUGGCCGACCGUCGCGGAUAUCGGCCGAAAAUAACGACGAGAUAUCCGGUUUCGCGGACGACGUCCUUCAUCGGCCCCAUCCCGUCGCCGAUCCUUCAAGAGGAAUCGCGUUUGAAAACGCGCAAGAUCCCGUUCGCCACCCCGCUGGUCACCGCUUCAUUAUUCACGAACCAGAUCGUCAGCAUUGGCGACGUCGAUCUCGCCAGCAUCAGCAGCAGCAUCAGCGGCAGCAGGGCAGACACCUUGCCGCCUUUCCCUUUAUUUGGCCUCUGAUGAAUUCCAGUUAAUCGCAUCAGAAAAUUCAAUUUAAAAAAGAGGAAAAAAAAAUCCAACCAAUUUCGGAACGCAGUGAUGAUGAAAAAUGACAAAGUAACGUCAUGCUUAUGUGUCUGUGCUCAGUAAGAAAGAAAAAAAGGCAACCCAAAAAAAAAAUGUAAUGAAUUUAGUCUUUUUUAUAAAAGAACCAGCGGGGUUAUUGGUAUACCUGCGCCAGUUGGUAUAGUGAAAUCGAGAGCUGAGAAUUCUUAAUUCAUUCCCCCCCCCUCCUUUAUGUGUGUGUGUGUGUACGUUGGUGUGUGUGUGAAUCCCCUUUCUUUCUUGUAGAAAGUUGUUGUUUGUUUGUUUGUUGUGUUUGUAUUCUCUCCGUUUCCACACCGACAGUCCCCCACUCUUUUUCUUGUGUGUGUUUCUCAUCAGAAUAAAACAAGAAGAAGUAGAAAGAAACUGAAAGAAAAGAGGCAGAAAGAUACAGAAACGACGUGAAAAUGAGGUAAAAACGUCAAUUAAGAAUAUUCCAGAACGGCGAACGGGUUCCCAUGCCAACAGAGUGGCUCUAGGCUGAUAUGGUCGUGUACCAAAUUGUUGACAAUCAACAAGAGUUACCAUACACCUGCGGUAUAGCCCAUGGUGUAUGUAAAUGAAAAAAAAAAAAAAAUUCGGGACAAAAAACCUGAAAUCACGAAAAUGGAAAAAAAACUUUUGUUGAUGGUCUAGCCGGAGGGGUAAUAAGCGGUCCGCCGCAAAAAUUCAAUUUUGCCAGUUUUGUUUUGUGAAAAUGCCUUUGGAGCUAGACGGUUUUUGAUUCAACGCAAUUCUCUCACCUCUUCCCGCACGCGUGACAUACCCCCGUCGAGUAGAAAGCCCUGCCUUCGCCAUUUUCUGGCAUUGUUACCGAUUUUUUUAUUAUUAUUAUGUUCGAUUUUGGUUUGAUUGCUAAAAUAAUGAACGCUCGAUGACGCCCGAUUGCGCAAUCCUCGGCAGCCUGAACAUUUUUGCGAUGACUGCCGGUCAAUGCGAGAAAGUCUUUUUUGAGAUUUCAUAUCGUCAUUUUGGCGAUGAAUUGGCGGGAGAGGAGAACAAUUUUUGAAUUUAAAAAAUAUGAAAACUGAUACGAAAAAAAGGGAAAGGAGAAUUACAUUCGGGUCAGCUGUGUGAUGCUUAUCGCUAUUCCAUCGCUUCGGAUUGUCAGGAGAGAAACAAAAAUAAAAUCGAACGCAUUCGACAAGGAUGACGGGCCCCCAUAUCAAGGCGAAGCACUCUCGGUUACUGGGCGGUUUUUGUAUUAUUUCCUUUUUUCUUCGUGCAAUUAUAGUUCAAGCUAUAGGACUUUUUACAAAACAAUUCUACAGAGUCAUUCGCGACUCUGAUGGAGGCUACCAAAUAGUUAUGCAAAUCUAAAAUUGGGCGGUGUCUCCUGUAUACUGUAGAUUUGUCUCUAGUAGUUUUCCAACUGACUAAAUAAAAUGGACUUUCAAUUCGACCUAUCGAACGAUAUACGACGUCCAACUGC